AUGUCUCCGCGAACCUCCGGGUCAGUGGCAAACCUCUCAGGUCUACGCGCAAACACCCCCAUCAUUACAUUGCGGCCUUCGUCGACCACGAACCUGGAGCCAACGUACUUCCUGAUGAAGUCAUUUAGCGUCAUUUGUCAUGUAGCAUCUACUCCCGCCAGCAAGACUUCCUCCACGGUACUGGCGAGGGUCCACCGUUUUUCCGCAGGUGCUUCUUCCACCCUUCGGCGCUGUGCAGGGGGUGCCGUGGAAUCGCCGCUGUCGGGUCCCGCCCUCGCAUGCCGCAGCCCCCGCGGCACAUCAGUGGCGGGGCUCUCCGCGGCACGCUCCCUCGUUCGCUUUGGAGGCAUUCGUUUGCUUGAUUGA